ACUAGGCGGCGGUGUCGGCGGUAUCGGGCUCCCUCAGGCAGGGCAGGGACGGGAUGAGAGGAGCUGAGGCAAAGAUCCUAUAGCAGUCUGCUAUAAGAUCUUUGAGCUGAGGGACGGAGCAAAGAUACGGGAGGGAGUGGGUGAAGCAACGGGAACUGCGCAGCGGAUCGAGCGGGGAGGCGGCACGGAGCCGGGUCGAUAUUGAAGCUUGGUGAUUUAUAUUAAAGUUGGAAUAAUGAGAAUAGCAGGUCCAAUAAAAUUUGGGGUAGUCAUUGUACUGUUUUUGCUGAUGGGUUAUCUCGCAUUCCAAAUAUUUGAAAUCAAAAUAGAUGGAAAUUUCAAAUCAAUAUUUGCCAGAUCACAAGAUGAUGCGCAAGUACGAACAACAAAGUCACCAAAGUACAAAUGUGGCCUCGCAAAGCCCUGCCCUGAGAAUCAUUUUGCAUUCAAAAUGGCCAGUGGAGCAGCAAACGUGGUUGGACCCAAAAUUUGUAUCGAAGAUAAAAUAAUAAUGAGCAGCGUGAAAAACAACGUUGGUCGUGGCAUAAACAUUGCCACAGUAAACGGUAGAACUGGUGAAUUAUUGGACACUAAAGUUUUUGACCUUUGGGGUGCAGAUGUAAAGCCUUUCAAUGAAUUUCUGAAAACCUUAAAGGAAGGAACAAUAGUUUUUAUGGCUACGUAUGACGAUGCUGCAACCAAACUUGAUGAUAAUGCACGCAAACUGUUAGGUGAAUUGGGGAGCGCAUCUAUUUCCAACCUCAGCUUCCGAGACAACUGGAUUUUCGUCGGUGCAAAGGGGAUUCAAUCAAAGAGUCCUUUUGAGCAGCAUAUAAAGAAUAAUAAAGACACAAAUAAAUAUGAAGGCUGGCCAGAAGUUCUAGAAAUGGAAGGGUGCGUUCCUCCCAAAAAAGAAGAAAUUAAGCCUUGAGAGCAAAACUAUAUUUUUAACAUAGUUUCUUUGAUUUGACUUAACCAAGUUUUCUGUUCAUUUUUCUUUUAAACUUACAAUUUGAGUGAAAACUUCACCCCUUACAAUUAACGUUAGCUUUUAUUUAUAAAGUAGCAACCCUGUGUUUUUGUGUCAGAACCUUGGGUGCAGAGACAAAAUCAUUGAUUGUUCCUCAUUUCCUUUCACAAAUAUGUUUUGUUGAAUGGGUAUUCCUGCUUGCAUUCCUUUUCAAAGAAGAACAGGAACAAGACUGGUCGAAAAUAGUUGCUCAUAUUUUCUUGAUUGAUCCAUUGUGUUGCAGUUUGCAUGUUUAUAAAUAUACUACAGAUCAUUGUGAAGGAUUUGGAUGGCACAUUAUGCGCUGAUGGAUUUUGUAUAUAACUAAUUUUUUCCAGAGCUAUUUGGAAAACUGAUGCCCAGUGCUUGAGCUAGGAAAUUAUCAUUGUGAUAUUAAUGUCAACUGGUCAGAAGCACUUGGAGUUCAUAAUCAACUUUAAACGAGAUUCCUGAAUUCCUCAGGCUUGGAAACAAAAGUUGGUAUUCUAGGCAAUAUUUAUUUUGUUCCCUUUUUGAUAUCUUUAUGUAUUGGUACACAUUAGUGAAUUUCUGCAGCAUUGCGGGAGAUUGAGAAGUAAUAUUUUCAGUAAUGCUGGAAUGAUUAAUUGUUUGUUUUGUAGAGCGUGUCGUUGUCAAGAAAAAUGUUUUUUUUUGCUUUAGUGCUAACACUAUAAUGUUGCCUCUAAUUCUUCACAACUGUAGUCGAUUACUGUUAGAAUAGUGAAUUGCAAACUUUUUUUUACUAAGAGUAGACAUUCCUGUGGAACUCAAAUCUUUUCAUAAAGUCUCACCUAAUCAUCCAACCCAAGGAAAAAUAAUUGUUUUCAUCGCUCUUUUUAAGUAAGAUACAAGAAAAAAAGCAGCACAUUACAUCAGUGAAUAUCAAUGCAGCACAAAAUUCUGGUGACGGAAAUGGAAGGGAGUGGUUGCUGAUCUCAGCAUCUGUGUUAAUAUAAACGGUGAAAGUGAAAUCGUGGCUCUUAAUAUUCUUCUGUAGAAAAACUUAAAAGCUGAGAUAUUUUGAAUUUCUACUAUGUGAACAGUUUUACUGUAUCAUCUGUCAUUUCUGCAUGUGUCUAUUGGAAAAAAAACAUUGCGCAAACUCCUAAAAAGGCUGAAUGCAUUUUUAUAAUGACGCUGGUAUUGCUGCUGAGUGUUCUACCUUUACUCUUCGCAAAAUGAAUCACCAGCUCUAAGACCUAAAAUGUGGGUCGUCUUUGUGUGUAAUUAAAAGCUCUCUACUGUU